AUGGCGAUGGAGGACUCUCAGGAGGGCGAGAAGAAGGAGCUGCAGAUCAGGGUCAUCUCGCUGGAGUCCCAGGCCCGACAGCUGGAGACCAAGACCAAGAACUACGCAGACCAGAUCAGCAGAUUCGAAGAGCGGGAGGCGGAGCUUAAGAAAGAGUACAAUUCACUUCAUCAGAGACACACAGAGAUGAUCCACAGCUACAUGGAGCACCUGGAGAGAACCAAGCACCAGCACGGCCCAGCUCCAGAGCCUUCAGAGUCCGCCCCCACCAAGACCAGGAAGGAGCGUCCCAUCUCCAUCGGCCUCUUUCAGCUCCCUGGGGCAGACGGCUUGCUCUCAGACCCCCAAAGGCCGAGUGAGGAAGCAGCCGAACUGUGGAGAUUCAACAACCUCAACCACCCACGCUCCAACACCAGUCUGAAGCAUUCGUCUUCAGUCAUAACGGAAAGUAAAAACUCUCCAGAAAAUCAGGAACCGGAUCAGCAGCAGGUAGAGCAGCAGAUGGAGCAGCAGGUGGAGCAGCAGGUGGAGCAGCAGAUGGAGCAGCAGAUGGAGCAGCAGGUGGAGCAGCAGGAUGAAUUGUCCAACGCGAGUCCUGGCUCCAAGUCGGCCUCUCCGUCCAAAAGCAUAAAGUCCUCCAGCUCGGCUCAGGGUCCAGCGUCGGAGCUCAGGGGCGGGACCACGUCUGACGGCACCAAGGAAGCGACAGAGGCGUCCAAUCAGGAGAGAGGAACUGCAGACGGACGCACCAGCAACUUCCAGGGACAGGACGGAAAACCAGAGGCAGAUAAAGAAAACCAGAAAAGCCCAGAUUCUUCUUCCUCCCGAGAUGAUGCAGCGGUCUUCUCCGACGGCGCAGACGAGCUGGAGAAGUCUGCGGUUCAGGCCAUCAUCGAGUCCACUCCGGAGCUGGACAUGGAGCUGGAGGGACUCAAAGCAACAAGCACGCCGUCUAAAGGCGGCGUGGAGAACCUGGUUUUCGACCGGAACACGGACUCUCUGUUCGAGGAGCUGUCGUCUGCCGGGAACGACCUGGUGGGGGACGUGGACGAGGGGGCCGACCUGCUGGGCAUGGGACGAGAAGUGGAGCAUCUCAUCCAAGAAAACACCCACCUGCUGGAGAUUAAAAACGCUUUGAAUGUGGUGAAGAACGAUCUGAUUGGUCAGCUGGACGAGAUGACCUGUGAGAAGGAGGUGCUGCAGGGAGAGCUGACCGCAGUCUCUCUGGCCAAGGCCAAACUGGAGGAGAAGAACAAGGAGCUGGAGGACGAGAUCAGAAAGCUUCGCACGGAGCUGGAGGAGGCGAAACACAAGGUCAAGAACGACGCUGAAGACGAUAGCGACGUGCCCACAGCUCAGAGGAAGCGGUUCACUCGGGUGGAGAUGGCCCGGGUCCUGAUGGAGCGGAACCAGUACAAGGAGCGCCUGAUGGAGCUGCAGGAGGCGGUGCGCUGGACCGAGAUGAUCCGAGCCUCCAAGGAGAACCCCGCACUUCCAGAGAAAAAGAAAUCCAGCCUGUGGCAAUUGUACCUUGGGCAGAACUCUGUGUGGCUCGGGCAGGACUCUGUGUGGCUCGGGCAGGACUCUGUGUGGCUCGGGCAGGACUCUGUAUGGUUCGGGCAGGUCUCUGUGUGGCUCGGGCAGGUCUCUGUGUGGCUCGGGCAGGUCUCUGUGUGGCUCGGGCAGGACUCUGUGUGGCUCGGGCAGGACUCUGUGUGGCUCGGGCAGGACUCUGUGUGGCUCGGGCAGGACUCUGUAUGGUUCGGGCAGGUCUCUGUGUGGCUCGGGCAGGUCUCUGUGUGGCUCGGGCAGGACUCUGUGUGGCUCGGGCAGGACUCUGUGUGGCUCGGGCAGGACUCUGUGUGGCUCGGACAGGACUCUGUGAGGCUCGGGCAGGACUCUGUGUGGCUCGGGCAGGACUCUGUGUGGCUCGGGCAGGACUCUGUGUGGCUCGGGCAGGACUCUGUGUGGCUCGGGCAGGUCUCUGUUUGGCUCGGGCAGGUCUCUGUGAGGCUCGGGCAGGACUCUGUGUGGCUCGGGCAGGACUCUGUGUGGCUCGGACAGGACUCUGUGAGGCUCGGGCAGGACUCUGUGUGGCUCGGGCAGGACUCUGUGUGGCUCGGGCAGGACUCUGUGUGGCUCGGACAGGACUCUGUGUGGCUCGGGCAGGACUCUGUGUGGCUCGGGCAGCUCCUGUCACCCUUCUCCUGUUUGUCUGUUCUGUCUUUCUGUCGCCCCCUACUGCCCCACCCUUACCCCUGCAGUUUCAGCCGUCUGUUCAGCUCCUCGGGUGCGGCGGCCAAGAAGCCGGCGGCCGAGUCUCCGGUGAACGUCAAGUACAACGCUCCCACGGCUCAGGUCCAGCCCUCGGUGAAGAAGAAGAGCAGCACCCUCCAGCAGCUGCCCAGCGACAAGAGCAAGGCCUUCGACUUCCUCAACGAAGAAGCUCCUGCUGAGAGUGUAGUGUCCCGGCGUGAACAGAAGAGGGCGCAGUACCAACAGGUCAAAGCUCACGUACAGAAGGAGGACGGCCGGGUGCAGGCCUACGGCUGGAGUCUGCCCAAGAAGUACAAGGCCAAUGGGGGACAGGCGGAGAGUAAGCUGAAGAACCUGCCGGUCCCUGUGUUCCUCCGACCUCUGGACGAGAAAGAUGCUUCUAUGAAGCUGUGGUGUGCGGCUGGAGUGAACCUGUCCGGGGGGAGGACCAGAGACGGGGGCUCCAUCGUGGGGGCUAGUGUGUUCUACAGCGACGCCCCUGCUCCAGAGAGCCCCCACAACAAGAGGCAGAGCAGCCUGGACCAGCUGGACCAGGAGCUCAAGGAGCAGCAGCAGGAGCACAGGCAGCAGGAGGAGCUGUCGUCUCUGGUGUGGAUCUGCACCAGCACUCAGUCCACCACCAAAGCCGUGGUCAUCGACGCCAACCAACCUGGCAACAUCCUGGAGAGCUUCCUGGUCUGCAGCUCACACGUGCUCUGCAUCACCAGUGUCCCAGGAGCCAGAGAGACGGACUACCCCGCAGGAGAGGAGACCUUCGAGAACCCGGGGCCCUCCCAGGACCCCUCCUCCUGCGCCAGUCCCACCCCAGAGAGCGAGGGUCUGCUGGGGGGCAUCAAAGUGCUGGGCUGCACGGCUGAGGGCGCCAGUGCUCCCCAGAGUCCAGUGAAGACCAACGGAGACUCCAGAGCAGAGGAGGCAGUGGAGGCCUCUGAGGGCAGUCCCACAGCAGCAGACAGAAGAGGCAGCCUGAGAGGGGCCUACACCGAGCACGUCUACGCUGACCCCCUGGGAGCGGACACACACCAGCACCAGGGAGACGCUGAGGGGGCGGAGCCUGUGGACCAGGGCUCAGAGGAGCAGGAGCAGGACCUGAGCCGAGAGGAGGCGCAGAGGAUGAGCAGCGUGCAGCCAACCAUGUGGCUGGGAGCGCAGAACGGAUGCGUGUAUGUCCAUUCGUCUGUGGCUCAGUGGAAGACCUGUCUGCACACUGUGAAGCUCAAGGACUCGGUGUUGGGCAUAGUACAUGUGAAAGGCCGUGUGCUCGUGGGUCUGUCUGACGGAACCAUCGCCAUUUUCCAAAGAGGCUCCGGUGAGAAUCAGUGA